CCAGGUGUUUGUAAACUGAGAACCCACCAUUUAUAACCAUUUAGAACAACAACUGGUGCUUUAGUUCUGUGGUCUAUUUCAACAUCUUAUUGUCCAAAAAAGAAACCCCAAAUUCUCAUUUCUUCAUGUCGUAGUCGCCGUCAUUAUUAAAUUUCUAUAUCUAUCUUGUUUCAAACCGCCAUUAAUUACAUCUACUGUAAUCAGGUAUAUCUCAUGAUCUAAUUUAGUAUUCUUUGCCUUUUGCAUCAAUAGGAGGUUGGGCAUUUAACAGUAGUACAAUUCAAUUCUUCAUCUUUGGUCAUCAUCAUCCUUUUGAGUUUGGUAACUUCGCGGAGGUGGUGACUGUGGUGGUGGCGGUGGCAGUUUAUGGGUAUGCAGAUUUUCUUUUGGCACUUCUUGGGUUUGUUUGCUUCUAUGUGGUUUACCUUCUUUCAGGGCUGCUGUUGCUGAGAGGUAGAAUAGAGUAGAUCUGAAAGCUGUUAUUUCUCUUGUUGAUGAAACUUCUUGAAGCCAAUAUAAACGGAGUCUAGAUAUGACUGCAGAUGAGAACAUGAAUAGUUGCUCUACAUGGACUAGGGAGGAGGAGAAGGCAUUUGAGAAAGCUAUAAUUUCAAAUCCUGAGGAUUCAAUCGAUCGCUGGGAGAAAAUUGCUGAAGCGUUACCUGGAAGAACCGCAGAAGAGAUUAAGAAUCAUUAUGAACUCUUAGUCGAAGAUGUUAACAAUAUUGAGGCUGGACUUGUGACUUUGCCCAACUAUAUUUCAGCUUCAGAGGGUUCAACUGAACAUGCAAGUGAAGGUGGGACAAGUAAAAAAGGUGGAAUUCAUCUUGCGCAUUUUCAGAGUGAGUCAAACCAUGGAAGCAAGUCAUCAAGAGCUGAUCAAGAACGCCGUAAGGGAAUUGCGUGGACAGAGGAUGAACACAGGUUAUUUCUUCUUGGAUUGGACAAAUACGGGAAAGGCGAUUGGCGAAGUAUAUCCCGAAACUUUGUUGUGUCAAGAACGCCUACACAAGUGGCUAGCCAUGCACAGAAAUAUUUUAUUCGCUUGAACUCUAUGAACAAGGAUAGAAGACGAUCUAGCAUCCAUGACAUCACCAGUGUGGGAAGCGGAGAUGUAUCAUCACCCCAAGGACCAAUCACAGGCCAAACAAAUGGGGCCGCACCUGGAGGUGGAUCUUCCAGCAAAUCUACCAAACCACAAGCUCAGCCUUCGUCUGGUGCUCCUGCAGUCGGGGUCUACGGUGCUCCUACCAUAGGCCAGCCAGUUGGAGGACCUCUGAUUCCAGCAGUUGGUACUCCGGUUAAUCUUUCUGCACCACCACACAUGGCAUAUGGCAUUCGAGCACCAGUUCCAAGCAUGCCGCCAAUGACAUAUCCGAUGCCUCACAGGUAGAAUUGUGUCUUUCGACACUGCAAUAGAAUGUACAGAGAAAGUAAGAAGAGAGUAGAUUUUCUCAUGUUGGGUAUCCUUUUUACUAGUUUAAUCGAAAUAACAUUAGGCAAUGAGGUGGAAAGUUCUGGUAAAUCUUAUUAAAUGCCCACUCUUGAGAAUUUCAGUAGUAUCCGAGCAUCGAGUUAUGUUAUGAUCAAAUAUUAAGUCAUAGAAGAAAGAAUUAGAAGAUUUGUGUAUAGUGGAAAAGGUAAACACUGUGAAUCAGAAAGUUCCAGUGUCGGAGUUAAAUUGGUGUUAGGGCAGAAGGACUUGAUAGUAGAUUCCUUUUCAUAUGUUCAUUCUCCAUGAUUAGGCAGGGUUUUAGCUUUUAGGUGGGAAUGGAAAACAGGAUAUUUGAGAAGGUAUAGAUGUAAAGAAGAAAAUCCAGGUAGCAUUUUGGGGCGCAUAUUGUGCUGAACAUUUUUUGCAGACGCUUUAGUUUCUUUCUCGGUUAAUUUGAAGAACAAUGGACGUCAUGAGUAAUGGUUACAUUAUAUAUUUGAUUCUCCGAAGUAUGGUAUUGGCAACCUUGAGCAUUUUAUGUUCAAGCUUUCAGACUGACCUUAUCACUUUGAUGUCUGUAGACGC